GGCGAGCGCUGGUGUGGACGGGAAGCUGCCGGCCCGGCGGGCUAACUGGAGCACGGACGCUGCAGCCGGUUGGGCCGGUGCCCUUUCCCGCUCUGGGAAGGAAGAGAGAUGGAAUUGAGGAAGUUGAGCAUUUCCUGGCAAUUCUUGAUAGUUCUGGUUCUGAUCCUGCAAAUUCUGUCUGCGCUGGAUUUUGACCCAUACAGAGUCCUAGGGGUCAGCCGAACAGCCAGUCAGGCUGACAUUAAAAAGGCUUACAAGAAGCUCGCCCGGGAAUGGCAUCCUGAUAAAAACAAAGAUCCUGGGGCCGAAGACAAGUUCAUUCAGAUCAGCAAGGCUUAUGAGGUUACAAGCAAAAAUUAUGUCAGAUUCCUCACUGGCUGGCAGCAAGAAAAUAAACCCCACGUCCUUCUGUUCGACCAGGGACCCUCAAUACCGCUGCUCUAUAAGUUGACUGCUUUUGCAUACAAAGAUUACUUAUCAUUUGGGUAUGUGUAUGCCGGCUUUCGAGGGGCUGAGGAGAUGGCAAGACAGUACAAUAUCAAUGUCCAGGCCCCCACCAUCCUCAUCUUCAAGGAGCACAUAAACAAGCCAGCUGACAUGAUCCAGGCGCGCGGGCUAAAGAAGCAUGUCAUUGAUGACUUCAUCACCCAGAACAAGUACUUAUUGGCAGCCCGUCUCACCAGCCAGAAGCUCUUCCAUGAACUCUGCCCCGUGAAGCGCUCUCACCGACAGAGGAAGUACUGUGUGGUCUUGCUGACUGCAGAGGCCACCAAGAUGAGCAAAGCCUUUGAGGCCUUCCUGUCCUUCGCCUUGGCAAACACACAAGACACAGUGAGAUUUGUGCACGUGUACAGUGGCCGGCAGCAGGAAUUCGCCAGCACCCUGCUCCCCAACAGUGAGGCAUUUCAGGGGAAGUCAGCGGUGUCUAUAUUAGAAAGGCGCAACACAGCUGGAAGGGUGGUAUAUAAAACGCUGGAAGACCCCUGGACCGGGAGUGAAAGUGACAGAUUUGUCCUUCUGGGUUACCUUGACCAGCUGCGGAAAGAUCCAGCCCUUCUGUCCUCAGAGGCUGUGCUUCCAGAGUUGAUGGAUGAGCUUGCCCCCAUGUUCCUCUUGCGGUGGUUCUACUCUGCCUCAGACUACCUCGAAGACAUCUGGGAUAGCGUGUUUCACAACAACUGGCGGGAGAUGAUGCCCCUGCUGUCACUCAUCUUCUCAGCCCUCUUCAUCCUCUUUGGCACUGUCAUCGUCCAGGCUUUCAGUGACUCGAAUGAGGAGCAGGAGUCCCAGCCCCCAGAAAAAGAGGAAGUCCCUGAGAAGACCGGGAAGACAGAGCCGAGCUUCACCAAAGACCUCAGCAGCAGGAUUCCUAAGAAAGGCUUCGUGGAGGUCACUGAACUCACAGAUGUGACGUACACCAGCAACCUGGUGCGCCUGAGGCCUGGCCACAUGAACGUGGUCCUCAUCCUGUCGGCCUCCACCAAGAACAGCCUGCUGCAGAAAUUUGCUUUCGAGGUCUACUCAUUCACUGGGAGCAGCUGCCUGCACUUCUCCUUCCUGAGCCUGGACAAACACCGGGAAUGGCUGGAGUACUUGCUGGAAUUUGCUCAAGAUGCAGCCCCCAUCCCAAACCAGUACGACAAGCAUUUCAUGGAGCGGGACUACACAGGUUAUGUACUAGCUCUGAAUGGCCAUAAGAAAUAUUUCUGCCUUUUCAAGCCCCAAAAAACAAUGGAAGAGGAAGAGGCCAUGGGGGUGAGCAGCGAUCUGGACUCCUCCCUCCACCUGGGCGAGUCUCGGGGGAAGUCUUCCUGCGUGGGGUCCAAGCCCAUCAAAGGCAAGUUGAGCAAGCUGUCCUUGUGGAUGGAGCGGCUGCUAGAAGGAUCCUUACAGAGGUUUUAUAUCCCAUCGUGGCCAGAACUAGACUGAGUCGAUUUCUAAAAGAGAUGCGAACUCCUCUGAUUUUUAACAUGCCCCAGGAAACAGGUAUUUUCAGGACUCAAGCUAUCUCACUGAACAGAGUAGAGAUUUAGGAUUACUCUUCAGAACAAUGCCUAGAAGAUUCUUCCUCUGCCCUGCCCUCACCUAGGACAGGUUUGAAUUCCCUAAAUAAGAACACUUGCCUUUGGGUUCCCCUGUCCUCAUCUGAAUGCCACACUAUUUAAAAUAGACUGCUCGUUCCUUCCACUCUGCCAGCCCUGUCCCGGGCUCCCACUCCCCUCCUGCCCCAUCCUGUCCCAUAUGGUGGAGGGCCUGACCCUGAGCAGGACCUACCUGUAGUGCAGGUCAGGUGGGAUCAUAGGCCUUACCUCCCACCCCCACCCCAGGCCACAGCCUGGUCCUGGCCUUUACCUCUGUCACGGCGCAUGCUCCUACCAGGGAAUGGCCCACUGCAGCCACAGGGCCCCAAGUCCUGAAAGCAGCCUAGCUCCACACAAUCAGUCUGGUGGGGUGGUUGUUCUGGGAGCGAGCAGCUGAGAAAUGUAUUUUGGGGGUAUCCCCCACAAGUUUGCCAGGCACGGCUUUGCAAAGAAAAGAGUGAGCGGGGGCUCUGCAGAUGAGCUGACUUUCUUCCUACGUAGAGGGAAGGGACUGCUGGGAGGCUCUCCUGGAAUUGUGGGUGGCCUCCCCACGGCCCACUGGCCACCCGAGCCAGGGGAUGGGGCCUGCCCACCAGAUGUACUGUAAGACUGAGCCACUGGCCUGUAUGUUUCAGAUGCCUUUCUGCCUCCAUCAAUUUUAGGGUAUGGAUAUUUAGGAGCCAUAACUUGUAAUCUUGUUCUCUGAACGUAGAUAAAUAAGCUGCUAUAAAGCCAGUAGAUGUUAAACCGAAGACAAGUUCUUCCUGCCUGCCUGGAGCCGGGUGAAGCCUCCUGGUUCCCUGGUGUCUUUCUAGUGAAAUGCCAGAUGCAUCUUUGUACCAAGGAACUUAAACUCUCUCAACAGUUGCAUUUUGAACAUCGUCAUCCCCAAAGUGCUGUAUCUACAAGUCAUUUUGGUUUUCGUUGUUGUUGUUUUUAAUGACAGAUGAGUCAAGACUCAUUCUAGACUCCAUUUUGAACACUGCUCCCUUUCCACUUGUGGCCCGUGUUUUGGUGUCCCGACUUCACUGAUUCACCUCUCCCUUACACGCCGUUCCCAGUGUCAGGUCACACCCAUCAUCAGCUCCCCCAGCUCUAAGGUGGGCUGUGCCCUCAGUACCCUGGGCUCCAGCCAGUCAUGACAGCCCCACUAGAGGGCACUCUGUUUUUAGCACCAGACCACCAGCAAGUUUGGACAACUUACAAAAGUGGUCUUGUUUUACUGUCACAGCAAAUACCCUUUCACAAGGUGAAGGGCACAAAUCAGGGAUGGGACAUUGAUGAAGUUACUAUUUCUUUAAUCAUAAUCGCUUUCUCAACAAAGCCACUCGGAUCCUAAUCAUUUGAACAUCAAGCUACAGUGGUUAAGUGGUAAAAUCAUUUUGAACCCAAGAAUUCCUGUAGUUUUCAUCAAAUCUAUAGCUUUAUUAAAAAAAUAAUUUUAAAAAACAAAAAAAAAAAUCACUGCCAGGCUUCAUUCUUCAUUGGUCCUCUGAACAUGGACGCUGACUCUGGUGCCGCAAGUCAGGGUCCCUGGCUCAGGUAGAAACAGUAAAGUCCACUGGGCCCUCCAUAUGCAGACUUGAAAAUUAUUUCCUGAAGGCUGCAGAUAUAGUUGAGUGGCUGAGCAUAUCCAGCCUUGAGUUCCAGUCCCCCUCUCCCCUCUAAAAAAAGUAAUAAGGUAGUUGAUAUAUAUAUUCUGGUUGUUAAUGGUCAAGCUGCUCUUGAGUAGUUUUGGUUCAGUGGUAGGUUUGUAUUUUAAAUCUUUGGUACUAAUGAACUUUCUGACUUAUAAUUUCUGAAAACCAAAACUUUUCCCAGAUUGUUUUUUUUAAGUUUGUAGCCAAAAGAAAAAAGCUACCCCUUCUGUUUACCCAAGAGGAUGGUGGUGAUAGAAUUGACAAUAUUCUUGUCAGCACAAACUCAGCACACACCUAUUUAGGGACUAAUAGACAUGUGCCCCCAGGGGACACUUGGGAGCUUUGCUGUUCUAAUUUUGGGGUUUGUGAGAGGGUCUCACUGUGCAGCGCAGGCUGGCCUCAAGCUCACCAUCCUUCUGUCUCAGCCUCUCGAGUGCUAGAAUUCCUGGCAUACACUGCCACCUCAGCCUGUUCUCCUGAAUGUUGUUUCCGGGUAUUUGUUUACUUCUGUGUCAAAUGUGAGCCAAACCAUGCUCAGCCAAUGCCAGCAUUUCUCCUGAUUUCUGUAAUCAUACAGGACCCAACUUUGGUUUUAAAUCCUUGGUCUUCGUCUAUUGACGUAUCAUGUUUAGUAGCUGAGUGAACACUGACCUAAAGCUAGUCUUAGUAAAAUCCAUGCCCGCAUCAAAAGAUGCUUUUGUGAUUGCACAGGUAUUGUUGCACAGUUUGUCUCACUCAGAGGUUGUGGGCCCUGAGCAGCAUUUCAAUGAGCAGGACAUCCUGCGUUCUAGAAGAUACCUUACUCUCUCCUCCCAACAUGGCUACCACAGACAACUUGGUCAUAGUUUCCAUGAGUUGCUCUUGUCAUCCACAGCCUCUUCAUCCUCAUAGCCUCUUAUUUAUUGCCAUUCUAAAGAAUUUGUAACUCUCCUCCAUACAUAGUUUUUUUUUUUUUUCCCCCAUAGGGAGCCAGGUGCCAGUAGUU